AUGAGUGCUCUAAAAGAGCUUGCUGCAACAAACUUCCUGCAAAAAGGCACCAAUGCGACUACCUCCAGGACAGACCCUGGAUUUCCCGAUGUGGCCUUCGCUCAGUAUCCCGACGGUCCCCUCUCCGAUCCCAUUGUGGAUUUUCAGCAGAUGUUUCAGGAAUUGCAGAACAAUAUUAACGUCCAAGGACAUACGCAGACAGACGAGGUUAUGCUAGGUUUUGCACAGGAGUGGUUUGAGAGGUAG